AUGGCUGACCUGUCGAACCUCAAGAAACUGCGUCCAUGCGGCAGACUAGAAACAUACAGCACUGCACGACAUCAUCUAGGAUUCUACAAGAAUGUUGGCUUUACCGCAGAAUACGUAGCAUCUGAAACUUCCCAACAGUCGCUCGAAAAUCAAGUCUACAUCGCGCUUCGAAACGUUAUCGCCCAGCACCCAAUCCUGAGCGCCAUCGCGGCAGACGAAGACAAAUCUUAUCCCAACGUAUACUUUGCAGAACUGCCUGAGAUCGAUCUCCGUACUUGCGUGGAGAUAUGCGAGCGUAACACGCCGCUCCCAAACGACGGCGAGGUGGAUGAAGAACUGGACGAGAUGUUGACACAACAACAUAGCCGCGAUUUCAAAGAAGGAUUAGGAUCGAGACCUUUCUGGCGGGUGCUCGUUUUGACAUGGCCAAAGGAUGCAACCAGGUUCACUGCAACAUGGAUGUGGCAUCAUGCAUUAGCAGACGGAGCGUCAGCCUUCCUGUUCCACGAGUCGUUUUUGGGUGGCCUAAAUUCGUCAGAAAUGGAAGGCAACGCAGAGCCAAUUGUCAAAUCGUUGAAUAUGGCUCUACCACCACCACUAGAGGAGUUGCACCCGAUGACGCUCUCGUGGCUGUACUUCAUACGAGCCAUACUUGGUGCGCUAUUACCCUCGAUGUUCGCAAAGCGACCUCUUGGACUAUGGACGGGAGGUCCUGUACAGCAAGACGCUACACCACUUCCGCAGCCGCGACAUCGCACACUAGUUCUAUCAAAAGCGACUACAGAUAAACUGGUACAACUCAGUCGAGCCGAAAAGACUAGUGUAACAGCAACGUUGCAGUGUCUUCUUGCUGCAUCACUUUUCGUUCAUCUUCCAGCACAAGAUCACGGAAAGCUCAAGAUCGAGGGUCCGAUCGCGAUGAAAAGGUUGUUGGAUGUUGGGGAAAAGCAGAUGACAGUCGCGAUGGCACAGUAUGGAUAUCUCCACGAGCGUCGAGCGUCACAAGAUUCUCAAGACUCAACAAAGCCCAGCAUUUUGAAGCAAUUUUCAUGGGACGCUACACGAGCGGUCAAAACUAUCAUUUCUGCGGAAGUUGCCAAAGCCGGUACUGAUAAUUCCAUCGCGCUGCUGAAGUACGUCCCUUCUAUGUCACAAUUCUUCCUUGAUAAACUGGGCAAGCCUCGAGAUCCUACUGUAGAGUUGUCGAGCGUGGGAGUGUGGAAGACCAAGCAGAAUCCAGGUAAUUGGGCCAUUGGAAGGAUGGUAUUCAGUCAGUCACCCAAUGUUGUGACUAGUGCAUUUGCAGUCAGUGUUGUAACAGGCGGUGAUGGUAACGCGACGGCGAAUUUUUGUUGGGUAGAGGGCGCUGUGGACGAGAGCCUUAUGGGGAAGGUCAUUGAGGGGGUUAGGGACGGUGUUGAGGUUUUGGUCGCUGGAAACUGUAUGUAG